AUGGCGUCCGCUCCCCGUCUCUGUCUCCUGCCUAAUGAGUCAGAGGCGCGCAAAGCGCGGGGAAUGGAAGACGACGCAGCCGGGUCCGGGUCCGGCAAGGCAGAACGCCCGACUCUUCUCUCGUUCAAAGAGAUGCCGGAAUGGUUUCAACAAGACAACAACCAGUGGAUCCUUCACGGUUACCGGCCUAUAUCGGGCUCGGUUCGCGCCUCGUUCCGCAGUUGGUGGUAUCUCCACAACGAGACGGUUAACAUCUAUUCCCAUCUUAUUCCGGCUGUUCUCUUCCUCCUCGGUGAGUGGUAUAUCAUGCAGCACCUUUCUCGCAAAUAUGCCAGAGUCACUAGCACCGAUCUUGUUGCAUUCUCAUUCUUCAUUCUUCCGGCGACUAUUUGCUAUGCAUUUUCGGCUCUUUAUCAUACUUCAAUGAACUACUCUUACACCAUUGGGGUUAUCGGGGCAUCGACCAUUAUCACGAACAUCAAUCCCAAGCUCCAGAGCCAUAAGUAUCGCUCCAAGCGAACACUAGCGUUCGUGGCGACUGGCAUAUCCGUUGUGGCGCCCUUGAUUCAUGGGCUCGAUAUAUUCGGGCUAGACUUGAUGAGCAAAAAAGCCUUCACCUGCACUAUAGUGGCAAAGAUAGGCUGCCUUCUAUCUGGAACCUCGCUUUAUGCAAUAAGGUUUCCCGAAAGUUGGUGGCCUGGAAAAUUUGACAUGUGCAGCUCCCACUCAUUCAUGCACAUCCUAGUGGUCUGCGCCGCUAUUAUCCAGAUGAUAGGGUAUCUGGAAGCCUUCGACUAUGCUUACUCAAAUAUUACCUGCCCAGCCUCUUGA